UCUCUCGUUUUCUGUUCCCCUUCAUACUACUAAUUUUGCCAUUUGCAACUCUCCUUUUGUGUUCUGACUGAUUUUAAAACAUGGAGGUGCAGGACUUUUGUUUAAGUGAGAACUUUCAAUUUCUCAAUCAAGAAAACAGUCUCUUGGAACUCUCAUCUUCUGAUGAUCCUCCUUCUCCACAAGAGCCAACCAUUAAAUCUGACUCCCCCAUUUUAACACCACACAGCCUCAGUAGCACAUCAGAGAGCAGUGGUUACAGUGUAUUUUCCUCUCUCAAUCCUUCACAUUUCACUGCACAAGAGAGUGAAGAGCUACAUCAGACAGUCUCCAUCCUAAACCGAGACUAUGUCCCCUCACUUAGCCAUGGGCACAAACGCCUGUGCCUAGUGUGUGGAGACUUUGCCUCUGGGUACCAUUAUGGUGUGGCUUCCUGCGAAGCCUGCAAGGCCUUCUUCAAGCGAACCAUUCAAGGAAACAUUGAGUACAGCUGUCCGGUGGUGAACGAGUGCGAGAUAACGAAGCGACGGAGAAAAUCGUGUCAGGCUUGCCGCUUCCAGAAAUGCCUGAGGGCAGGAAUGAUGCGUGAAGGCGUACGCAUGGAUCGCGUAAGAGGAGGCAGGCAAAAGUAUAAACGACGCAUGGAUUCUGGCCUGUCUGUUUUCAUCCAAUCUCCAUACACACAUCCGGUUAAAAGCAUCCGUAAUAAGGUGAUUUCUCAGCUGUUGGCUUCUGAGCCAGCACCACUGAGAGCCUCUCCUGACCCAAUGGCUCCUGACAGUGACCUUAAAACCUUGAUGACCUUAUGUGACCUUUUAAACAGAGAACUGCUGGUCAUGAUCAGCUGGGCAAAACACAUACCAGGGUUUUCUUCACUCUCACUGGUGGAUCAGAUGGCUCUGCUGCAAAGUGGAUGGAUGGAAGCGCUGCUGCUCUGUGUGGUGUGGCGUUCACUGGCGUCAACUCAAGAACUGCAGUUUGCCGAAAAUCUUUGUAUGAAUGAGCCUCAGUGCAGAAACGCUGGCCUGCUGGAGCUUUACACACCACUGAGGCUCCUCAUCGACAAAUACCAACAACUCAACAUCAGCCACGAGGAGGCUGUAACACUCCGAGCCAUGGCACUCGCCAACUCUGAUGCAGAGCAUGUGGAGAGUGGUGACAGUGUGCUGCGGUUUCAGGACGGCCUCCAUGAGGCACUGCAGGACUAUGAGGUGAAUGAGCGUGUAGCUGAGCAACACCGUGCAGGCAGACUGCUGAUGACACUGCCACUACUCAGACAGAGCGCACACCGAGCUGUGCAGUGUUUUCGCCGUCUGCACCUUCAACAGCGCGUGCCCAUGCACAAGCUUUUCUUGGAGAUGCUGGACACCAAGAUUUAGAAUGAUUGAAAUUUGCAUGUGGGUAAAAGUGUUUUUUAAUCAUUUGGAAUUAUGGUCAUUCAAAGUGCUGAAAAUGAUAAGGGAUGGGAUGUUUUAAUUCUGGUACUUGAUCAGUGGCGGGCCGUGCAUUUGGUACCUGGGGCUUCAGUGGGGACUUACCCAACUUAAUUCACCUCUUAAUACCACCACUAUCACAAUAACCAUCAAUACUAUACAAAAACGUAAUAUAACAAUG